UUUGUGAUUGUGUAAGUAAACACUGGUUAGAGCGGGAGAGAGAACGCCUUUGAUAGGCGUAACGUCAAAUGUAAUUCCAGUGCUCACGUUUUGCCGUUCCCGCAAAAAGACAGUGUAACAGUUGUUCUCCAAAAACUAGGAACACGAAGCAUCGAUGGAGAUCCUCGAUCCAAGUAUUUCGAGAGACGAUCAAGGUCUCUAUGGAACUGAUCUUCGAGAAAAUGUGGACUACAAAGACAAGACUGGUCUAAUUCCAGCGGAAAUUCCGGAAGAUUCUCAAUCAUGCGUCAAAGCAAGAUUCACUCUGGGUUUCUUAGGAUUCUUGGGAUUCGCCCUUGUUUAUGCCAUGCGAGUGAAUUUAUCAGUAGCGAUUGUUUCCAUGGUCAACCGAACAGAAACUGAAAAAAAUACCACUGAUGCUUGCCCCGUUAACCCCGUUAUUAAUGGUUCAAUAAUUCCACCUCCCAGUCCAGGUGAAUUUGACUGGGAUGAAAAAAUGCAAGGCAUCAUAUUGGGUGCUUUUUUCAUCGGAUAUGUGACUACAAACGUUCCCGGUGGAAGAUUGGCGGAACAAAUUGGUGGAAAAAUAGUUUUUGGACUAGGAGUAUUUUUAACAGCAGUAUUGACUGUCAUCAGUCCUUUCGCUGCUUAUUGGGGAUUAUAUCCAUUUUUGGCAGUGCGCAUUGCUGAAGGUUUUACAGAGGGGGUCACAUAUCCUGCCAUGCACAGUAUGUUGGCACACUGGGUACCACCACUAGAAAGAAGUAAAUUUGCAGCGCUGGUCUAUGCAGGAUCAAACUUUGGAACUGUUGUUUCCUUACCAGUGAGUGGAUAUUUAUGCUCUCUGGAACUUUGGGGCGGUUGGCCCUUAGUAUUCUAUUUAUUUGGAGGACUUGGGAUAAUUUGGUAUGCUUUUUGGCUUUUGUACAUAUACGAUACUCCGGCUGUUCACCCAAGAAUAGAUCCGAAAGAAAGGGCAUACAUCGAAGCUUGUGUUGAACCCAAAGAUGAAGAAGAUCUUGGCGUCCCUUGGGGUUCGAUCUUUACAUCUCUACCCGUGUGGGCGAUAAUGAUUACACAAUGUGGGCAGUCCUGGGCUUUUUACACUCUUCUAACGGAACUGCCGACCUACAUGGAUAGAAUUUUGCGAAUGGACGUGCAGAGGGACGCACUACUUUCGGCCUUACCUUAUUUGACCGCCUGGAUAGUGGGCCUAAUAAUUUCAACUCUAGCCGAUGCUCUGUUGGCUAGACAGAAAAUUAGUCCCCUGACUUCUUUCAAACUUUGGAACACAAUUUCCUCGUUAGGCCCCAGUCUCAGUUUCCUGGGUGUUAUUUGGGCAGGAUGCGAUACCACUAUCGUUAUGGUGAUGCUCUCGGGACUAGGAUCUCUUUUCGGUGCCGUUUACGCCGGUAAUCAGAUGAAUCACAUCGCACUUUCUCCAAAAUAUGCAGGAACGCUUUAUGGAUUAACGAACGCUGCUGCGAACGUUUGCGGAUUCCUGGCACCCUUCAUCAUCGGACGCAUGAUUCAAGGAAGUGAAACCCUAGCUACUUGGCACACCGUUUUCUGGAUGGCCGCAGGGAUAAAUAUGACAGCCAAUUGUUUCUAUCUUCUCUUCGCUUCCGCGACUGAACAACCAUGGAGUAGAGGCAAUAGUUGAUGACAAUGCCCUCAUAGAGAAACUUUUAUUGUGGAGAAUGGUUUGCCGCUUGAUCGUCUUACUCUUAGUACUUUUUAGCAAAACCGCUGAGAGGAAAUGUCUGCCAAGUCUCAUUUCACUUCUUCAGAAAAGACACAUUUACUUUGUAAGUAAGACCAAAAACAUGAAAUGGGACCGGACUUUCACUCUCAGUACUAAAUUCUUUUUUUCUGUUAUAAACUUUACUUAAAACUCUAAGUAAUUAAUUUAACAAUGAAUUUUUUUAAUAAUUCAGCACAAAUUAUUUAAUAAUCCUAGGCUUCGAAAAUCGCAUUUAUCAUUUAGUUUGAAGACGAUUACAUCGACAUUACCCCAUUCCUUUUUAAGAGACCAAACAAUUUUCGAAUAUUUAUACUCAUUAUGUGAUACUUGUUCGCUAAGUGAAAAUGGUUUUUCUUCACAGGAACACUGAGCAGGAUUUUACGUAUAUUUUUUCGUUUCAUUAAGGUUUAAGAUGAAAUGUAAAAAGCAGGUGAAUUGAGAAAGGCGGAGAAAGAAUACAAUAGGAUUUAAAUAUGGAUGCUAAUAUUUAGCUUCGAAAUUUAGAUUGGAGAGCAUUCGAAUUUAAAUUAAAUUUAAAUAUAUUUAAUGUAAAUUUGAAGUGGAAUCCAGAACGAAUUUCAAUUAAUUUCUGGAUUGAAGGAGAUUUGGAACGUAAUACGUAUCGAAAAUGACUUGUCUGUGAUCAGAUCUAUUAAAGUUGUGCUCGUAUCGGUUCUCUAAGAGAUUUCGAUA